UCCAACUCUGCCCCACCACAGCACAAGUCGCAACACAACACAGCAACCACCCCGUCUCUUUCACCCCCUCCCUUCCGUCCUCCCUCAUUCCUACCACCAAUACCACUCGAAAUGUCGAAAGUUCGCGAAAUCAAGUCGGUCGAGCAGUUCAACGAGCUCGUCACCAACGCCACAUCCGACAUUCUUGUGGCGUUGAACUUUCACGCACCAUGGGCAGCACCAUGCGCCCAGAUGAACCAGGUAUUCGAAGCUCUCGCGGAACAAUCCUCAGCCGACAAAACCCUGUUCAUCAGCAUUGAUGCCGAAGAGCAUCCGGACAUCUCAGAGUCGUACGAGGUCUCCGCGGUUCCCUUCUUCGUGCUGAUCAAGGCCGGCGCGAUCCUGGAGAAGAUUUCGGGCGCCGACCCGUCGAAGCUCACCUCGUCGGUGAUGAAGCACAGCGACGGCGCGGUGACGCUCCCUCCCGCACAGCCCAUAACCGCCAACACCUCCUCGUCGACGACAUCACAGCCCGCAGCAGAAGAAGACAUCAACACGCGCCUGACGAAGCUCGUCUCCGCCGCGCCGGUAAUGCUGUUCAUGAAGGGAACUCCGGCUGCACCACAGUGCGGUUUCUCGAGGCAGCUCGUCGCCCUGCUGCGCGAGCGCGAGGUCAGAUACGGCUUCUUCAACAUCCUCGCCGACGACGAGGUCCGCCAGGGCCUCAAGACAUUCUCCGAUUGGCCCACGUUCCCCCAGCUCUACCUCGACGGACAACUCCUCGGAGGUCUCGACAUCGUACGCGAGGAGUGCGAGAAUGAUCCCAAUUUCUUGAAGGGUAGCACUGCGUAAAAACGGGGGAUAGAUACGUGAAUGGCAGGGGCAGAUGUUGGGCGGAGGGUAGAUGUUGUUGUUGGGCGGCGUAAUGAUUUUGUUCUUUCGUGCGUUCCUUUGCUUUUGCUAUGUAUCGCAUGGUGUUUGUGACGAUAUCAUCUACUAGUAGCAUAUAUCUUAUGCAGUGCAUU